UAGCGAUAGAAACAAUAUAUUGACAAAACUGUCAUCUCAGACAGAAAAGUACAUCAGCCAUUGGAAGCAACUCAUUAUUCAAGUAAUUUUUUUAUAAUGAAUUUACGGUGUCCAGAAUUACCCCUUCUACCGGGAUGGAGUUUCAACCCCAACAUUGGGAGGACAAAAUUCAAUAUGAACCAGAAAUUCGACUUUAUAGGAUCGCCAGAUGAGGGCAAUCGAGCUCUGAAGGAAAAAGUUAAACCGAAUAUGUUUGGCCCUUUAACAGACAAAUAUCCAUCUGUUUAUGCAAGGGGAGAAGUUUUGGAUUUGCCUCCUUGGUUGGUUUUUGAUAAGCAGGUUCUCCGCUUUGAUGCUUACUUCAAAGAAACACUACAAGAAGUACGUGGAUCACCAUUUCAAAUUCGUAAAGUUAUCAUUUACUUCUACUUGGAAGAUGGAACAAUUCAAGUAGCAGAGCCAAAAGUAGAAAACAGUGGUGUCUAUCAAGGUUGUUUCCUAAGCAGACAGAGAAUAAGAUUUCCACCUCCAAUGGAUGAAAAUUUCUAUGACAUCAUUGAUUUUAAUAUUGGCAAAGAAGUAGAAUUUUUUGGAAGGUGCUUCAAACUGAUUGAUUGUGAUAAAUUCACAAGAACUUUCUUGAACAGAUGUGGAAUCUGUGUACCAGAUCCUAUUUCUCUUCCUUCUGAUCCUUAUUUGAACAUGAGACAGAAAGAAAAAGAAGCAAUUAUGUCAAAAAAGCCUAAAAGGACCAAAGAUACCAGAGGACAAUUUCUAGAACACGAUAAAAAGGUACUUCGAUUUUUCGGAUAUUGGGAUGAUCAGGAAACUGAGCACGGAUAUCUACACAAAUUGGAAAUUCAUUAUUUCCUUUCCGAUGAUACAAUAGAGAUCAAGGAGACGGUUGCCGAAAAUUCUGGCAGAGAUUCUGGUUUCAUGUUCUUGAGAAGAGGAAAACUGCCAAAAAUUUGUAAAGCUUUACCGGGCCCUGGUGAUACUGCUCCCUACACAUUACUCAAUGUUUUGGGAGCUGGUGUAGCUGGUGGUAGAUAUAUAUUGGAUCCCCUUGAUAGGGGUUUGAAUGAAGAUUAUUAUAAGGAAAACGAUCUUGCCAUAAGUAGCAUAAUCAACUGUUAUGGUAGAAAAAUAGUCUUAACCGAUUGGGAUCCCUUCACCAGAUCAUAUUACAGCCUGAAGUAUGGUCUGGACCAUCUUCCUCCUGGAAAGAUGCCCAGAGACAAAUCAGAGCAAGUGAAAUCGGAGGGGCUGAAGCAACGGCAGCUUCCCCCUUGGAACGGUUAUGGUUCUUUUGAAGAUUCUGCACAAAACUGCAUCACGGUUGAGCCUAAGGCGCCUUUGAAGGACUUCAAGAAGUUUUUAAAAUAUGACAGACAAGGCUUGGACAGUCACAUACUCCGAUUUUCCGCCAAGAUGCUCUCGAAAAAUCCUGACAACUGCAGAAGGAGAUUCAUCAUCAGUUACUUUUUGGCCGACGACACCAUUGGCGUGUAUGAGGUUUGCGACGGAGGAAGGACCAGCUUUUUUGCCAGAUCUCCCGUCGUACUACCGGGUCAACCGACAUUUACAAGUAUGCCGCCAUUGAAGUACCUUCCGCAACACAUGUUCGUAGGAGCCACGGUCGUUAUAAACUCUUUCGUUUUCGUCCUUUGCGAUGCUGACGAGUACUGUCUGCGGUACAUGGAGAUAAACAGUCACGAGUACCCUAAAGCUAACCUAAAGCUCAUCAUGGAUAAAGUAAGGGAACAAUUGAAGCCCUUCUACAAGGAUUUCGUAGCAGAAAUGAUGCCCAACGAACAACCAGUGCUCCGAUAUGAAGAUUUACGAAAUAAACUCUGUAGAGUAAUGGGAGAUGAUUUUACUGAACACGAAAUGAUAACGAUUGCAAGAGCUUUUUCUGCCGACUGUACCAAGGACAGAUUCGACCGACAGAAAAUAAGAGCCAUAACUUUGACGGAACUGAAGAGAUUCCUCUGGGACGAUCUGGAAAGACUGAGAGAAUAUUUUCUAAUUCAAGAUCCUGAAAGGAGUGGAAAAUUGAGCCGUCAAAAGUGCUACACCAUUUUGAGAGCUUGCCGUUUGCCUUUGGAUAAAUCACAUAUAGAAAAAGUAUUAGAUGUGAUCCACAGAGAUGAAAAAUGUGAUUAUUAUUACGAUGAUAUAUUGCAAUUUUUCGAUCGCAAAGUUUGUCCGAUGGCAGAUACUGUUCCUAUUAAUAUCAAGUUUAACUUCUGGUGGGCAGCGGAAAAAGAACCAGAAGCUGGUCUUCUGAUAAAUUGGUGUGCUUUCAACAAGUAUUUAGAUUUGGAACAGACUUUCAAAGAAAUGCCUGGACAUGAGGAGACUUUGAAGAUCUUGGAGAAAAUUGAAGGACAAGAAGGCAUUCACGAUGAAAAAGGAGGCCACUGAAGGAAAAAGCCUCAUAGAGUGAAUGUCUAUGAAUAUUUUAAUAUAAAUAACAAUAUUGGUUAAUAUAUAUGAAAAUUCA